AUGAACGUUGCCGUCACUCUCUCUCCGCCUAACACACUUCAUGCCCGCGGCCAUGUGAGGUCCAUGUCGGAUGCUGGCUUCGACUCGCCCCGUGCUGCCUCGGUCGCUUCCGUUGCCACGCCGCAGGACCGUCGCCCUAAGAAGUCGUCGUCGACCUGCGCGACAUGCCGCCAUCGCAAGGUCCGAUGCAACGGCGUCCGCCCCAUGUGCUCCAAUUGCCAGCGGCUCGGCUUUCCCUGCUCCUACGACGAGGCCGACGCUGAUGCCUGGCAUGUCGCCCUUCCGCGCCGCCGCGUCAAGCAGGCUUGUCUCACCUGCCACAGUCGCAAGGCCAGAUGCUCCGGCCAUUUGCCCAGCUGCGAACGCUGUUCUUCGCUCGGCCUGGACUGUGUCUAUCGUCCUACCAAGCGCAUCAAGACGUCGUCCCGACCCCAGGGGAGCAUGAGAAGCCCGGCUGCUCGUUCCAUAGACAGUGACAGCCAUGAUGCCCACGACGACAGCGACCGAGCCAUGAGCGACCCGGCCAGCACACCCGCCUCUUACGGCCAUGACGGCCCUUCGCCUGACGAGUCCUUUGACUCCCUCAUUCGGCGCACCUUUGAAAAGUUCUUUCAUCAUAUUCAUCACAUUCCCGUGUUCUCCUUUUUGCAUCGUGCCUCUCUGAUGGAGCAGUACUAUGCUGGAAAAGUAGACAAGGCUCUCCUCCUCGCCCUCGUUGGCAUAACCUCGUGUCUUACCACCAUGGGCCCCGGCAUACGUGAAUAUGGUGACGGAUGCAUAGACGAGGCAGAGUCGCUCAUCUUUGCCGACUACACCAUCCCCUCUACAAUCAAAGUGCAAGCGCUAGUCCUCAUCAUUAAGCACCGUAUCCUAUGCAACAAGUUUCCCAGCGCCUUUAUGCUCUUCAGCAUAGCCUCCCGGUUCGCCGCCGCCCUCCGCCUCAAUCACCACAGCCCCAACCUCUGCUUCCUAGCGCAGGAGUCGCGCCGCCGUCUCAUGUGGUCCCUCUACUGCAUCGAUGCCGGGAUAUCGGGCGGUUUUGCCGAGUUUUCCCUCUGGCGCGCUGAUCGUAUAAAUGUUGGCCUGCCAUGCAACGAGCGUAACUUUGAGUUUGACCUCUCCAAGCCCACCGAGAAGCUUGUUCCGGACCCCGACGACCCGGAACAGCCCCGGUCCGAAGACAUCGGCAGUCUAGCCCUGCAUGUUCGAAUUCUACACAUCAGGCAAAAGAUUAUCGAGUUUACCAAGACUGCGCUUAUCGGCCGCAACAUCAAUGCUGUAGAGCUGCAGAGUCGGGUCCUCGGCCUGCACCAGGAGCUCGAGGAUUUUGCCUAUCGUAUGCCAGCCUCGUUUCAGUUUUCGGAAAACUCGAUGCGGCUGCGUGCAUACUCACCUCGCAUAUGUGUCUUCGUCAUGAUUCACAUAUGGUGGCGCCAGUGCUACUGCGAUCUCUACCGUCUAGCCAUGACCGGCUUUCGCGACGCCCUGCCGCUCGAGACGUUGGAGUCGUUGGACCAGAGUUUUCUCGAUCACUGUCAACGCCAAUGUGUGGAGCACUCGGUCGCCAUGGCCGACAUCUUCAAGUGCAUGGAAAAGCUGCAUGCUCGGCCCAUCGCCGAUUUGGAUCUUGCCAUAUGCGCUUUUCAGUGUGCCCGCACGUUGCACUAUGCCUACCGUCUCGACGCCGUCAAAUUUGGCCUCGUGACGGAAACGGUCCGCGAGCAGUCCAAAGCGUGCCUGAAGGUCAUCCAGCAGUGCUGCCGCGGACCAGCCGCCGCCGGUGUGCAGGCUGACCUCGAGCGCCUUAUCAACAGCGGCCUCGGCGCCGUCGAUACGUCGUCGCCCGUCCUCGAGGCACAAAGCAGCACCCAGGGGCGCACCGCGUAUCCUCAGCAUCCCGUCCUCAAGAAUAUCCGCGUCGGCGAGGAGCCGUCUGUGAUCCACACCCCCGCGCGUCUCAGCAACGGCUCGGGGACUCGGCCCGACGUUUACAACAGUACCUCCCCUGGCAUGGCUACGCUGUCGCCGACGAUGCUGCCUGAUGCGUGGAUGUCGACGCCACAAAAAGCGUUUGAGCCCAAUAUGGGCAGCAAUGGCGAGGGGAGUUCCGCCGUGCUAACGUCGACGGAGUUGAAUAAUGCGUAUGAAGACGCCCUCAAAGGCCUAAGUCUCGCCAACGGAUUGGACCAUGCCAUGGGCGUCAUGGACCUGAGCACCAUGUGGGCGCCGACCUCGGAAUGGAUGGCGCCAGAAUUUGCCAACGGCGCGGGCGUUUGA